AUGAAGAAAACGGACGUGAACUACUCCCUAUAUCUGGUGACGGACUCAACUCCGGCCAUUUUGGGGGAUAAGGACAUCUGCGAUGUUGUCGGAGAGGCGUUGCAGGGUGGCGUUGGGAUCGUUCAGUACAGAGACAAGACCAGCGACACCGGCGUGCUGAUAGCAACGGCUCGGAAGCUACACAAAAUCACAGAAGCGUUCAACGUACCUUUGUUGAUCAAUGAUAGAGUCGAUGUCGCUCUCGCAGUGGGCUGCGAGGGUGUGCAUCUCGGCCAGGAUGACAUGAAUAUUGCCGAAGCGAGGAGACUGCUGGGGCCAGACGCAAUCAUUGGCGCCACAGCGAGCACAGUGGAGGAGGCAGUAAGGGCAUGCAAAGAAAGUGCCGAUUACCUUGGGAUUGGGACUGUCUUCUCAACUCAGACGAAGAAGGAUACAAAGCAUGUCAUUGGCACAGCAGGACUACAGCACAUCCUGGAGUCGUUGUACGAUAGGGGCUUUGGAGAGAUCCCAACUGUGUGCAUUGGCGGGAUUAAUGCCUCCACAAUCCAGCGGGUCAUGUUCCAAUCUGCAUCUCCAAAGAAGCACCUGGACGGCGUGGCCAUUGUGAGUGCUAUCAUGGCCGCCCCUGAUCCGGAGAGUGAGUCAAGAAAGCUGCUCGGCUUGAUCAGGAGCCCGCCGCCGUUCAGGCUACAGGUCCGACAAAGCCAGCAAAAGCCCACGGAGGUUGGGGACAUCAUCGAGGUUGUGCCGAAGAUCGUUAAGGCCGUCCAUGACAACACUCCGCUCUCUCACAACAUGACGAACCUCGUGGUUCAAAACUUUGCAGCAAAUGUUGCCUUAGCUGUUGGCGGUUCUCCGAUUAUGGCCAACUACGGCGAGGAGGCAGCAGACCUUGCCAGUCUUGGUGGUGCCUUGGUCAUCAAUAUGGGCACCGUUACCCCUGAUGGACUUGAGAAUUACGUGAAAGCUUUGAAAGCAUACAACUCGGCCGGCCAACCUGUUGUCUACGAUCCUGUUGGAGCUGGCGCAACUGCAGUACGAAGAGCAGCUGUCAAGACAAUCCUGGCUGCCGGCUAUCUGGAUGUCAUCAAAGGAAAUGAAGGAGAAAUCAAGACAGUCUGGGGCGAAGGCGAGAUCGAACAACAGCGCGGCGUGGACAGCAGUAGUACCCUGAGCCACACCCAGAAAGCCGAAUUGGUCAAGAAGCUGGCAGCAAGAGAGAAGAAUGUGGUGGUCAUGACCGGAGUGACAGACUUUGUGAGCGACGGAGAGAGGACAUUUAUCGUCGAAAACGGGCACGAGUAUCUCGGUAAGAUCACCGGCACCGGAUGUGUGCUGGGAACGACGAUCUCCACCAUGAUCACCGUGCAUCCUCAGGACAAGCUGGCUGCUGCGAUUGCCGGUCUAUUGCUGUUUGAGAUCGCGGCGGAGCGGGCAGCUGCUCUUGAGGAUGUUCGAGGACCGGGGACAUUCAUGGCCAAUUUCAUUGAUGCCCUUUAUCAGGUCCGCAUGCUGAACGCUGAAGGCAACACUUAUCUCAACGUCUGCGAUAUACAGGAGAAGUUCCGCAACGCCAUCCAUGAGUUUGACAAAGUCGUCCUCACGACCCAAAAGGUUCUCAAGGCCGCCCAGGCCCUGCAGAUCCCCAUAUUCGUGACGACACAGAACCGCGCGCGCCUGGGCGAGACGGUAGCCGAGCUGGCGCCGUACCUGACCGAGCCCCUGACCAAGGCGCACGCCGACAAGACGGCUUUCAGCAUGUGGAUUCCCGCGGUGUCGCAGCAUUUUUCUGCGCCUUCGCCCUCGGGCCCCAGCCAGAUUGUCAUUGUCGGUAUCGAGUCCCACAUCUGCGUCACGCAGACGGCCCUCGAUGCCCUGGCCGCCGGCCACAAGGUCUAUGUGCUCGCCGACGGCGUCAGCAGCUGCAACCGCGAGGAGGUGCCCAUCGCGCUCGCGCGGCUGCGGGCCGAGGGCGCCGUCGUCACCACCAGCGAGAGCUGGCUGUACGAGUGCAUGGGCGACGCUGGCAUCCCGGAGUUCAAGAGCAUCGUGGGCAUUGUCAAGGAGACGGGCAAGGACACCAAGACCGCACUGGGGGCUCUGAUUCCGUCUAGAAUAUGA